GCAGCAUGAAAUGUCAUGCAGCUCAAACAGAGCAGGCCAGUGACAACCUCUGUGUUCCCCCAGGUCAAUGUGGCCAUCAGGUCAUCGCUGCAGAGCCUCAGGGAGAAGAUUGAGCAGCUGAGGGAGCUGCUGCUGCGGGCAGUGUCAACACGCCAGAUCACACAGCUGGAGGGAGACAGGAGGCAGAAUUUGGUGGACGAGCUCCUGACACGGCACAAACAGCUCGAGGCAUCCUACAGGAACGAGGGCCCGGAGCCAGACGUGAGCAGAUCCAGCCUCAUGGCAGGAGGGGCCAAACGAGGCAACACCAACCCCUGGCUCUUGGAAGAAUCAGAGGAGACCAGAGGACUUGGCUUUGAUGAGCUCAGGCAGCAGCAGAGAAGGAUCAUUGAAGAACAAGAUGCUGGACUCGAUGCUCUCUCUUCAAUCAUAUCCAGGCAAAAACAAAUGGGGCAGGAAAUUGGGAAUGAGCUGGAUGAGCAGAACGAUUCUGCACUGCUUUGGUACCUAACUCUGAUCUCCACACAAAGUGUCAGCAAGGUCUCCUCACAGCUCAGGCACACACAACAAUCCUUCUCCAGCCCCACAGCCAAGGACAGCGCUGCAGCUCCAGGCCCAAAAAGUGCAACCAGCAGGGAAUUGAGGAGAGCAACCUGGGAGGAUGGGACUGCAUCACCUGCAGCUGGAAUUGCACAAUUCAGCCCAACUGGAAAUGGACCAGAACUGAUCCAAGGGUGAAACUCCUGAGCCAGGGCCCAUCCUGGCUGCAGCCAGGGCUGGGCUCUUGCAGUGCCCAAGGUGCAUCCUUGGAAGGGCUUUUAAUAAAUCCCUGCUUUAUUCCUUUAACCCUGCCCAGCCUCUGCUCCAGGAGCCUCUCCAGGCAUCAGAAGAGCUGAAUUCCUUGCCGAGAGCUCUCGGUGUGCACAGGAAGGGGAGGCUGCCCUGGAAGCGGAUCCCAGCGCUGCAUUCCUCCAGCUACUCCCCAUGGGCGCUGCUGGGAUGAUGGAUAUCUCAGCAUCUUUGUUCUUUGUUUUCCUUCUAACACUGGCAGAGCUUAAAUCACAGCAAGAGAGGGGCUGACACGUCUCCAGUUACACAAACAAGUGGUGCUGCUCUCGGCAGAGACCAGGAGUGUGGCGGGAGAGGAGCACCGAGCUCGGGUGCUGCUCCUCGGGAAGGGUUCAGUGACAGGGCUGUGAGGCUUGGAGCUAUUGCAGGAAUGGGGAUGGGGCUGCAGGGCCUGGGAUGCUUUCCAGGAACAGCCUCACGAGGAGCUUAUCACUGUGUGGUGUUUGGGAUGGAUCCUGACAAAAUAUACUGCGUGUUGUCAGACGCUUCACUAAAAGAAAAUAGAAGCUGUUGGCUUACCUUUGUGCUUCUGCUGCUUCUUUCUCUUAAAAUAAUAAUUCUCAGGGCAAUAUUAAUUUGUUCCAGCUUCCAUGGAGCAAUCCCCCGUCUCCCCAAACCUCAACAAGAAUAAAUACGACUGCGUAGGUGCAGCCUCACCAGAGGAGGAGGUCUCAAGUUGCACAUUAAUGUCAGCUUCUCAGCAGUAGCCUGUGAAUGUAGAGGAGCCCAAGCUGUGCUAUCAGAGAUGCUCUCUCCUGUACACGCAGGAGCAGCUCUGUUGUGGUCUGGUUCUUGCGUUCCUGCCUUGCCCAAGGACUCACUGUGUGGUUUUGGGCAGGGCUCUCCACCUUGCCCUUUGUUUCUAGGCCCCUCAAAGGUAUUUCCCCUGGGAUGGUGCUGGUGAACCUGAGCUGCUCUUCCCUGAAAGCUGGUUUGCUGAGAGCUGUGGGAUCUUUGAUGAUUCCUCUUGCCAGAUCCUUCCUGCUUUCUUCAGCGUGGUUUAGGUCACGGUAUCACGAGGGUGGAGUUCCUGAGAAGUUGUGAGGAUGAAGCCUUGAGUUUGCUUUUGAUCCACUGAGCUGCUGCAAUGGGCUGAGCAUGUCCUGAGCCAGUCCCAAACCUGACCAGAUCUCUGCUGGUUUGAUGGGGAGAGAAAAUGAGGUGGAGCAGGUGACAACUGUGCCUGGGGCCAAGACAAGUCACUGCACCUGGACACAGAUGUGUGAAAAAUGCUCUCUGAACUUUCUGCUUCUUGUUUUGUCUUGUUCUGUAUUCUUCAGAAGAAUAAAUUGGAGAAGAGGAAGGUGCAGAGAAGAAGUGAGGGCUGUGGAGGUCAGUGGGAAAGCACAGAGAGGGCUCUGAUGUCUGGGCUGUGUGGUCUGGCCAGCUGGGGAUGGAUUGCAGAUAAUGGUUUGCUUUCUGUUCGUGUUUUGGCAGUGAAAUAUUGGGGAGGAAAAAAUCUACUGAAGCUGAAGAAGAAUAUUGCUUCAAGAAAAAAUGGGAAUGAAGUGACCAUAAGUAGUAGAGAUGAGAAAAUUACUUUCCUUUUUUUCUUUUUUAACUAUGAGAUGAAAAUUUCCAAAGGAGCUUCCAGAAAAAACGAGCAAAAAUUUAUCAGUUUUUAAAGUGGAGUUCAGAUUAGUAAAAAAUUCGUGACUUGACAGGGAGGGAACUGGCCUGGAUCUGUAGAUCUUUCUGGGGUUUCCAUCUGUGAAUAUGUGCUGCUAUUUCAGAGUAAUAAAACCAGCUAAACUGUGUUUGAAACUGAUUAUUUAAUGUAUAAUGCACCAUCAACGAAAAACCAGCUGUAUUUUGAAUCUAGAGUGGCAAACCCAAGUGUCAAUUAUUUUCAUUCUUUCAUUCUAUGGAAAGAUCUUACUAUCAAAAAAUUAUCAGAAGAUCUCUGUGUAUUCUGAGAGAGCCACUGGACUGUGUGAGGCACAAAGAUUCAUGCAGGGAAGGAACCUGCAGUCCAGAAGAAGGAGGAAAUCUGCCCAGUCUGGUCACCAGCACUGGGAGGGUGAGGGAGAUUACCAUUAAUAAUUUCUAAACUUCAUGAGCAUACAUUAUGCUGCUAAUUUUUUCCUGCUGCUGAAUUCAUGUCAAUGUUGAAAGUAUAAACAAUCCCCUGAAUAAAAUUGUGUUUGGUUUGCCUUGU